AUGACUUGGGGAAAAAACGGUGCCAAGGGUGCAGCAACGCCCUACAUCGUCUGUCCUCACUGCUCUAGGGCGGGUAAGCAGAGCUGGAUUUUCGUAGACAGAGUCCAGCACCACCCCUUUUGCAACCUGUGUGGUAACGCCUGGAAAACACAGGGUGCUCCGGUCACUCAAAGACUGCGCCCGCGGGGUCCCAAGAAGAACAGGGACAGAAGCGCAACCACUGAGAGUGCAACUCAAAGCCCCCAACGGCCUAGGAAUCAUGAGGGCAACCUCUCCAAAGCCGUCACGACUCUUUGGCAGAAGUUUCCCCCAGAGGUCCAGAAGGAACUGAGCGAGGCAGGUUUCCAAGCAGGCCGGCAGCCGAGUCCGCCUCCAGGCCUCCAGUCUGGAAAAGGCAAAGGGGCAAAGGGUGGGCUUGACGAGCAGGCCGAAGCCUCUAAGAACCUGUGGGAUUCCGCGUCUGAUGAUCAGAAGAAGCUGAUGCGCCAAGCUGGCAUCCCUGAGCCGGUGGCGUCGGAGCCAACAGACCUUGCGGCCCUUUGCAAGAAGCACUUGGAGUCAUUGCCGCCUUCGAUCCAGCAAGCCCUUGCAGCACUUGAUCCUCCGGCCCCCACGCAGACUCAGCAGAUUGAGAUUGCAACUCGUCGCUUUAAGCAGAGUACUACGGACUUGCGACAGAUGAUCCAGCAAACUGCUGCUUUACAGAUUCGCAUAGACCGAGCCAAAGCAACCUACCAGGAGCUGCUUGAGAAGAUGAAGGUUUGCCAAUCUGACUUGCAAAGCAAGCAAGCUGAAGUCACGGCUAUGCAAUCGGAGUUGGAAGCCACACUCCGUGCUGAUGCUUUGGGUCUGGAGGACCCCGCGCGCAAGGACGAUUCCUUGGAAGGGCUUCUAGAUACGCUUGCCAAAGUUGGGAUUGUCCUGACCCAGGAGCAGAAGGAGCUUUACGAGGAGGCCCAGCGCGGUAAGCUUAACGAUGGGCAGCAGAAUAUGGAUGUUGAAGCCACAAACCAGCCUGGUUUGACGGCUCCGACCCGUGCCCCGCUGAGCCAAACUCUGCCAGAACACAAGGGCACUGAGCCGCAUGAGCAAGCCAAGCCCAGGUCUGUUUUCGAGGAAGGUCCUUUAAGUGGGGACAGUGGGCAACCUGCUUGUGCAUUUCAGCCUGCCCUUCUGCUUGAUCAAGAUGUUUCCUGUGCCCCUGCGUCCAGCUCUCAGCCCUGCGGGUUUUCCGGCGAAUCGGUUAAGAGACCCAUUUCUUUGUACAGUGAUUUGUUUUCAUUGGGGGAGUGCCAACCUCAGCAGCCCAAGUCCUUAGAGAAGGUUUCAGGGUAUGUUGAGGCUUACUCACAAUUUUGCAACACCGACCUUGUAUGGGAUCAGUUUUGGUUACCUGGUUUUUCUGGUAAGGAAGACUGGGAUUCUUUUGGGGAUUUGAGUGCCUGGCAGACUGUAACCAAAGGAUUACGCCACAGCACCCCGCUGCAGUCCCAAGACACCCAACUCAUCACUGGACCCCAAUUUUGGCCCCCGUCUUUCUCGACAACUGAGUUUGAUGAGGUCCCUGUGACCGGUGCUUCUUCAAUCUCUGCUUUUGUGGCCACAACCUCAGCAACGGCAUCUCAAGUUGAGGAGUUUCCUCGCUUACAGGCGUCGGGGAGCCACGCCGAGGUUGGGGUCACCCGCAAACGGAAUAAAACCAGGCGCAGAGCGAAACAGCCCAAACACAUUAGGGUGCCAUUCUCUCAGCUUGCCCUUUGUGAGAUGCCACCUGAGUUGCCACCGUCGGCAAGCCCACACAGCCAGUGGCGAACACUCGAAGGCCAGGUGUGGGAGGCUGUCCGGGACCCAGGUCUGUUGGGAGCAACUUCGGAGUUGGUUGCCCACCUUCUUGAUCAGGUUGAACAGGGCAGCUUAGGUUGGUGGCUGUGCCAAGAGAUCUUGGCUCUCCAACGUUCUUUUGACUUGACUUUGCUCCUGCUUGUUGCUCGGGGCUUUGAAGUUUUGCGCAAAUCGCAGCCACAGGGGCAUAGGCAAAUGCGUGUCACAUCUUGCAACAUCACUUCUUGGAGGCCCGAAGUCAAGCAAUGGUUUUCAGCUCAAGGGGAUGUUGUCUUGAUUCAGGAGCACCACCUUUUGGAGUCCCAAGUUGUUGCUGAAAUUUCGUCUAUGGCUGCCAUGGGCUUUGACUCCUUCCUUGUGCCCGCAGCCCCUGGGGAAGGCCGACGGAAUAGCUCUAGAGGCGGAGUAGGGGUUUUAGUUAGAGCCCACCUGGGAGCCCGUUUGCGAGGCCAGUAUACCAACCAAGGUUGCGGCUACGUGGCGGUGACGCUACGCACACAAGGGGCUGACUUGACAGUAGUUAGCCUGUACCUCCAGUCCUCCUCCGGCUUCGGGUCCCCGGUCAACUCUGACAUCCUAGCAUCUCUGCGCGCAAUUCGUCAAUCUGUAAGGGGCCCAAUCCUGAUAGGUGGAGAUUGGAACUCGCCUUUGAAGGAAUUGUUGGACACUGCCAUUUUUCAAAGUUUGUCCCUUGAACCAAUUGGGCCCAACAAAGCCACAUGUGGUGACAAUGAGCUUGAUUUUCUGGCUGUAUCACACUGCCUGGAAGGUUUGCUCCGGGUUGAUGCCUCCUGGGAUGUUCCUUUCAAGCCACAUGCAGCAAUCCAAGUUGCCCUUAAUGUGGGCGCUUUCCAGCUCACCACUCCACAGCUUCCCUCCUUUGUGCUUUCCUUCAGGGAAGAACCGCUUGAUUACAUGCAGGUUGAGGAGACCCUCGCCUCUUUGCCCGAUACCACCUUGUCGGCUGACCCCCUGAGCAAUCGACUGGCUUCCAUUUCCAGCUCGGUGGAGCACAGUCUUUUGCAAACGUCCCAGGGUAUUGGUCGCCAACUCCAAGUUGAAUUCCUCCCAGCUGUUCCUCGCAUGUCCCAGUUCGCAUGGGAAGGCUCUUGCCAGGCUUUUUGGCACCGGGUACAAUUUCUGUGCCAGGGAGACCACCCCAAACGUCGAGAGCAAUGCCAGGAGUAUUUGCCGCAGAUCCUGGACCACUGGCAGGGCAACUCGGAGGAGGCUGUUUCCUUUCUUUCUACGCUCCAGGCCUGUCUCUCGGAGCAGGCAGCUGUUCCUGAGCCCGUCCAGCAAUUAUUGCAGGAGCAAUUUCUGCUGGCCUCUAAAGUUCACCAGGAUGCCCAGACCAAGUCGUACAGGUCGUGGUUGCAGGGAGCCCAAGAAAAAGGGAUGGCUCCCCUUUUCAAGACGAUCAAAAAAGGUGAAAUCACCACUGCACGUCCCUUUCGGGAUCUGUCCGCAGAGGUCCGCGCCCUGGCUAGAACCAAACUAUGGCUCCGCACUUGGAAAGGCGUACUUAGAGUUGAGGACCUUCCUCCUCUUCCACACGCAGAGCAACAGGCUCGCGGAAAGCUACGGGAACUGGCUGCUCAGCAGGUCGCUACCCUGAGCCCCAUUUCCCCGGAACAGCUGCAACAAAGGUUUUCCAAAGGCAGGGUCACUGCCCCAGGACCGGAUGGCUGGAGCAAGUCCCUUCUCAAGAAAUUGACUUGGCCAAUGCUUCAGGACAUCGCUGAAUUUUAUCAGGAGCUCGAAAGAGGCCUCCGAGUCCCGCAGCAGUUUCUCCUGACACAAGUUUGUAUGCUGCCCAAAUCGGCUACUGCUGAGAGACCUAUCUCUUUAACUCACGUUUUGUGGAGGGACUACUGCAGAGCCAGGUGGUCCCUGAUCCAAGAGUGGACGGUCUCCUACCAGGCCCUGGCUCCUUGGGAUGCCGCAGUGCCAGGACGAACAUCACUAGACAUCGGCAUCCGCCGUUUGCUGUGGGCCGAAGCCUCCCGAACUCAGUCCAAACACUUUGUAGGACUCUUUCUUGAUAUCAAAGGCUUCUAUGAUUGUGUAGUUUGGGCCUCGGUAGUCGACACCGGACUCCUGCUGCAGUUCCCACCUUUGCUUUUGGAGCUUUCCCUUCAAAUUUAUGGUGGGACACGAUUUGUCUCAGCCGAAAAUUCAGUUUCGCCGGGAAUAAUUCCCACAGUUGGGUUGCUUCAGGGUUGCCCUGUUGCGCCGGUGGUUUCGAAACUGGCUUUGUUUGUCCCAAUCAGGGACCUUCAGGCUACUGGCCUCACUCACAACAUAGACCAGUGGCUGGAUGACAUUUCGGCUGACGUGGUAGGUUCCACUGCUUCUAACACGGCUCACAAAGCCCUCAAGACAUUUCGUAUACUGCGAGAUUCUCUUGCGGAACGAAAUCUUCAGGUUUCCUUGGAGAAAACCAAGUUUCUUUGCUCAGAUUCUGCCACCUCUCAAGUUCUUGAGCGUCUGCGUUCGGACCAAGAUCCUGGCAUUACUCUGUUAGCCAAAGACUUAGGGGUUGACAGCAAUGCUGGCAGACGCCGCAGGCUUGCCACCUCUCUUGGCAGGCACAAGAAGGCGCAAGGCCGCCACAAGCGCCUUCGUGCUUUAGGUGUUGAUUCGCAUUGUUCACGCACUAGGGUUGUGCGCGGAUCCAUCAUGACAUGUGCCACCUAUGGCCAUCAGGCACAGGGUGUUAGCCCCAAACGGUUGAAAUGGCACCGCGCUGUGCUGGCUGGUAGCUUAGGACGCCAACAUCUUGGAGGAACCCUGACCGUCUUGGAGAUGUUCUCCCACAGAUUUCCGGAUCCCCGCGAGCAGAUCAUUUGUGAGCAUUUGCAAGUCUUCCUUCGUAUUCUGGGCCGUUCUCCUUCCAUUUGGGCGGAAGUUCAAAGGAAUCAUGAGGGCAACCUCUCCAAAGCCGUCACGACUCUUUGGCAGAAGUUUCCCCCAGAGGUCCAGAAGGAACUGAGCGAGGCAGGUUUCCAAGCAGGCCGGCAGCCGAGUCCGCCUCCAGGCCUCCAGUCUGGAAAAGGCAAAGGGGCAAAGGGUGGGCUUGACGAGCAGGCCGAAGCCUCUAAGAACCUGUGGGAUUCCGCGUCUGAUGAUCAGAAGAAGCUGAUGCGCCAAGCUGGCAUCCCUGAGCCGGUGGCGUCGGAGCCAACAGACCUUGCGGCCCUUUGCAAGAAGCACUUGGAGUCAAUGCCGCCUUCGAUCCAGCAAGCCCUUGCAGCACUUGAUCCUCCGGCCCCCACGCAGACUCAGCAGAUUGAGAUUGCAACUCGUCGCUUUAAGCAGAGCACUACGGACUUGCGACAGAUGAUCCAGCAAACUGCUGCUUUACAGAUUCGCAUAGACCGAGCCAAAGCAACCUACCAGGAGCUGCUUGAGAAGAUGAAGGUUUGCCAAUCUGAUUUGCAGAGCAAGCAAGCUGAAGUCACGGCUAUGCAGUCGGAGUUGGAAGCCACACUCCGUGCUGAUGCUUUGGGUCUGGAGGACCCCGCGCGCAAGGACGAUCCCUUGGAAGGGCUUCUAGAUACGCUUGCCAAAGUUGGGAUUGUCCUGACCCAGGAGCAGAAGGAGCUUUACGAGGAGGCCCAGCGCGGUAAGCUUAACGAUGGGCAGCAGAAUAUGGAAGUUGAAGCCACAAACCAGCCUGGUUUGACGGCUCCGACCCGUGCCCCGCUGAGCCAAACUCUGCCAGAACACAAGGGCACUGAGCCGCAUGAGCAAGCCAAGCCCAGGUCCAGGAGCCGAGGCCGUAGCACGCAGCAAGGUUAG